AUACUGGGCGGCUGGCGGCAGCUGCCUCAGUGACGACUGCCGGCAUCGCGGCGACCUGAGGACACCGAGCCGCGGGGCCCCGCUGCCGCCGCCUCUCCCGGCCGUCUUCCUUCUCUCCCCGCAGGGGCGGCAGGAAUGGGCCCCAACCGCCGCGGGCCCGCACCCUGCGUCGCUCGUAGGCCCCAGUAGCCAGAGGCCAGCCGGCCUCUUCACUACCCCUCGCCCCAGCCAAACCGUUCCCUCCCCAAAUCCCCGGAAAGGAAGAUGAGGGAGACAGGCCCGGCGCUUUGCAGCCAGAGCAGCAUCAGCAUCAACAGCGGUCGGGGAAGCUUGAUUCGCCGUUUCCUCUCAGCCGCCAGGACAAGAUGGCAGCGGCCGCGGAGAGGGGUUGAGCCCGGGCUGGGUGGUGCCGCCUGCUGAAGCGCCUGGCUCCCUGUCCCCGGCACGGCCCUGUACCCCACCCUGGACAUGCUCAGGGCUGCGGCCGCCCGAAGAGGGGAGAGCGCAGGCCUAUAGGAAGGUAUGGCCUCACAAGUCUUGGUCUACCCACCAUAUGUUUAUCAAACUCAGUCAAGUGCCUUUUGUAGUGUGAAGAAACUCAAAGUAGAGCCGAGCAGUUGUGUGUUCCAGGAAAGAAACUAUCCACGGACCUAUGUGAAUGGUAGAAACUUUGGAAAUUCUCAUCUUCCCGCCAAGGGUAGUGCUUUUCAGACAAAAAUACAAUUUAAUAGACCUCGAGGACACAGCUUUUCGUUGCAGACUAGUGCUGUUGUUUUGAAAAACACUGCAGGUGCUACAAAGGUCAUAGCAGCUCAGGAGCAGCAAGCUCCUGUGGAGGCACCUCAGAUUGGGGUGUGGCGGAACAGGUUUCAUUUCCUAGAAGGCCCCCAGCGAUGUGGAUUGAAGCGCAAGAGUGAGGAGUUGGAUAAUCAUAACAGCGCAAUGCAGAUUGUUGAUGAAUUGUCCAUACUUCCUGCAAUGUUGCAAACCAACAUGGGAAAUCCAGUGACGGUUGUGACAACUACCACAGGAUCAAAACAGAAUUGUACCACUGGAGAAGGUGACUAUCAGUUAGUACAGCAUGAAGUCUUAUGCUCCAUGAAAAACACUUACGAAGUCCUUGAUUUUCUUGGUCGAGGCACUUUUGGCCAGGUAGUUAAAUGCUGGAAAAGAGGGACAAAUGAAAUUGUAGCAAUCAAAAUUUUGAAGAAUCACCCUUCUUAUGCACGUCAAGGUCAAAUAGAAGUGAGCAUACUGGCAAGGCUUAGUACAGAAAAUGCUGAUGAGUAUAACUUCGUACGAGCUUAUGAAUGCUUUCAGCACCGUAACCAUACUUGUUUAGUGUUUGAGAUGCUGGAACAAAACUUGUAUGACUUUCUGAAACAAAAUAAAUUCAGUCCCCUGCCACUAAAGGUGAUUCGGCCUAUUCUUCAACAAGUGGCCACUGCACUGAAAAAAUUGAAAAGUCUUGGUUUAAUUCAUGCUGACCUCAAACCAGAGAAUAUCAUGUUGGUAGAUCCUGUUCGGCAGCCGUACAGGGUUAAAGUAAUUGACUUUGGGUCGGCCAGUCAUGUAUCAAAGACUGUUUGUUCAACUUAUCUACAAUCGCGGUACUACAGAGCUCCAGAGAUUAUAUUGGGGUUGCCAUUUUGUGAAGCCAUAGACAUGUGGUCAUUGGGAUGUGUGAUUGCAGAAUUAUUCCUUGGAUGGCCACUCUACCCAGGAGCCUUGGAGUAUGAUCAGAUUCGAUACAUUUCUCAGACUCAAGGUUUACCAGGAGAACAGUUGUUGAAUGUGGGUACGAAAUCUACAAGAUUUUUUUGCAAAGAAACAGAUAUGAUUCAUUCUGGUUGGAGAUUAAAGACAUUGGAAGAACAUGAGGCAGAGACAGGAAUGAAAUCUAAAGAAGCCAGAAAGUACAUAUUCAACAGUCUGGAUGAUAUAGCGAAUGUGAACACAGUGAUGGAUUUGGAAGGAAGUGAUCUUUUGGCUGAGAAAGCUGAUAGAAGAGAAUUUGUUAGCCUGUUGAAGAAAAUGUUGCUGAUUGAUGCAGAUUUAAGAAUUACUCCAGUUGAGACUCUGAACCAUUCUUUUGUUAAUAUGAAACAUCUUCUAGAUUUCCCUCAUAGCAACCAUGUAAAGUCCUGUUUUCACAUUAUGGAUAUUUGUAAGUCCCACCUAAAUUCGUGUGACACAAAUAAUCAUAAUAAAUCUUCACUUUUAAGACCAGUUGCUUCAAGCAAUACUGCUACUCUGACAGCAAAUUUUACGAAAAUUGGAACAUUAAGAAGCCAGGCGUUGACCACAUCCGCUCAUUCAGUUGUACACCAUGGAAUACCUCUGCAGGCAGGAGCUGCUCAGUUUGGUUGUGGUGAUGCUUUUCAGCAGACGCUGAUUAUCUGCCCCCCAACUGUUCAAGAGAUUGUCUAUUGCUGCCAUAUAUCUACACUGCCUGGGUGUGCUUAUAUUCCAUUUCUUGGAGAAUUUGCUGAUCAAGACAUGCUUUUUGGAAGGGGUAUUCCUGCAACACAUGGUAAACCCACUAGUUAUUCAAUAAGGGUAGAUAAUACAGUUCCCCUCGUAACUCAGGCUCCAGCUGUGCAGCCAUUACAGAUCCGACCAGGAGUUCUUUCUCAGACAUGGUCUGGUAGAACACAGCAGAUGCUGGUACCUGCUUGGCAACAAGUAACACCCAUGGCUCCUGCUACUUCUACACUAACUUCCGAGGGUGUGGCUUGCUCACAAAGGCUUGGAGAUUGGGGGAAAAUGAUGUCACGCAGCAAUCAUUAUAACUCAGUGAUGCCUCAACCUCUUCUAACCAAUCAGAUAACUUUAUCGGCCCCUCAGCCUAUUAGUGUGGGCAUUGCACAUGUUGUCUGGCCUCAACCUGCUACUACCAAGAAAAAUAAACUCUGCCAGAACAGAGGUAUUUUGGUAAAACUAAUGGAAUGGGAGCCAGGAAGAGAGGAAAUAAAUGCUUUCAGUUGGAGUAAUUCAUUGCAGAAUACCAAUAUCCCACAUUCAGCAUUUAUUUCUCCAAAAGUAAUAAAUGAGAAAGAUGUCGAGGAAGUAAGUUGUAUAGAAACACAGGACAAUCGUAACUCAGAAGGAGAGGGAAGAAAUUGCUGUGAAACAUCUAUCAGACAGGACUCUGAUUCAUCAGUUUCAGACAAACAGCGGCAAACCAUUAUCAUUGCUGACUCCCCAAGUCCUGCAGUAAGUGUGAUCACUAUUAGCAGCGACACUGAUGAGGAAGAAACUUCACAGCGACAUUCACUGAGAGAAUGUAAAGGUAGUCUAGAUUGUGAAGCUUGCCAGAGCACUUUGAACAUUGAUCGGAUGUGUUCACUAAGUAGUCCUGAUAGUACUCUGAGCACCAGCUCCUCAGAGCAGUCCAGCCCAUCCCCUUGCAAGAGACCGAAUAGUAUGUCAGAUGAAGAGCAAGAAAGUGGUUGUGACACUGUGGAUGGCUCACCAACAUCAGACUCUUCAGGGCAUGACAGCCCAUUUGCAGAGAGCACUUUUGUGGAGGGUACUCAUCAAAACACAGAACUCGUAACCUCUGCUGACACAGGAACCAAGCCAGCUGUUUGUACUGUCGUGGUGCCACCAGUGGGACUAGAAAGUGGAUUAAAUGCCGAUGAGCAUAUGGCAAACACAGAUUCUAUAUGCCAGCCGUUAAUAAAGGGACGAUCUGCCCCUGGAAAAUUAAACCAGCCUUCUGCAGUGGGUAAUCGUCAGCAGAAACUGACAUCAGCAUUCCAGCAACAGCAUUUGAACUUCAGCCAGGUUCAACACUUUGGAUCUGGGCAUCAAGAGUGGAAUGGAAACUUCGGACAUCGAAGACAGCAAGCUUAUAUCCCUACUAGUGUUCCCAGUAAUCCAUUCACUCUUUCUCACGGAAGUCCCAACCACACAGCGGUGCGUGCCCAUCUGGCUGGAAACACACACCUUGGAGGACAGCCCACUCUACUUCCAUACCCAUCAUCAGCUACCCUGAGUAGUGCUGCGCCAGUGGCCCACCUCUUAGCCUCUCCAUGUACCUCAAGACCUGUGUUACAGCAUCCGACUUAUAAUAUCUCCCAUCCCAGUGGCAUAGUUCACCAAGUCCCAGUGGGCAUAAAUCCCCGUCUGUUACCAUCCCCAACCAUUCAUCAGACUCAGUACAAACCAAUCUUCCCACCACAUUCUUACAUUGCAGCCUCACCUGCAUAUACUGGAUUUCCACUGAGUCCAACAAAACUCAGCCAGUAUCCAUAUAUGUGAAAACUCAAAAACAGUAUAUUGAGGAAGCUCAAUGAUACAAAUAUUUGAUUAAAAAUAAAACAUGGUAUUUAAUAAAUAUUAGCCAUGGCACAAGAAAAUUAUUUUUGAAUCAUGUAGACUUGGGUGCAAUUUAAACAACUUUGAGCUUUAAAAAACUCACUUUUGAUGUGUUUUGCACAUUUGGUAUAACUUGUCUUUGGUCAUGUUAUCUUCUUAUGUAGUAACUCUAUAGACAGGUGACUUAUGGGAGCAGAAGUCCAGUUUUGCUCCUGCUAUUUUUUAUAAAUUGCCUUCUAACUAGUGCAAGACACGUCCACAUUUGGGAAGCCAUUCUGUGUACAGACUUAGAGCAACAGAUGCGCAUAUGUCAAAAUUACAGCAUACAAGUGAAUUGUAUUAUCUGUGUCUUAGUGUAUAAAUGUUGGGUCACUUCCCUAAGAAAUUGAGCUAUUGUUCUUUACAUUUGCAUGUGUCUUUUGCAUGGGCAAAAUGUUGCCUAGACUUUGCUCUUAAAUGUUGUUCUAAUAAUCUCAGCUGCAUUGUAAACCGUUUCCACACAUAGUGCCUUAAAUAUUUGAGGUUGUUAAUGUUAUUACUUAUAUAUAAAUGUUGAGGACUGCAGCACUUAAAGUUCAAAUUCAGACCUACUCUUUAGUUUUCUUUUGAUAGAGUAAUGUUCAUUUUUGGUUUUGUGUGGUAUGAUUUCAGGUAGUAGCUGUUUUUUCCUUACUAAGAGGGCAGCAUGUUUGCUAUAGCUGAAUUCUGCUGUCUGAUUUUUCAAAAUGAUCUAGCUUCAUGAAAAGCAAGCAGUCGGUAGUGCUUAAGAAAAAUUGAUUCAGUAUCUAAUGGAUAGUUAAUAACUGUCACAGCACAGCAUUUUAUAUACUAUUAAGUGAAACUGCAAUACAAUCUUAAGUUUAUUUUGAGAGUGUUUGCUGUAUAAUCGGACUUAAGAUGUUUAGAGGUGCAGUAGGCAUGACUUUGAAUAGAUAAUGAAAGAAAAUGCAAAAUGCUCACUGAUUCAUGAUGUGGUUUUAUCUUAGCUUGGGCAAACCAUGCAGUAUUUAAUAAAUAGUAGCAGAAUACUUACUAUUGAAGCUUGAAAAGAUGUGAGUUCUUUGUGUGCAAUUUUUCAUUUAUGCAUGUGAGAGGGUUUUUUUUUUUAAAGAAUUUUUACAUUGCAGUACUUGUUUUGCUUGUUGGUGAUGUUUGCUUAUUUAAUACAUUCCGUCAGGGACAGAAAUUACAUGCUCUUUUUUUUUCUAGAAAGUGUGUCUUGGGUUUUUUUCCUCCCCUCCUUCCUUUUUUUGUGGGGGUGGUGGUGGUGGUGAUGGUGGUGGUUAUGUUUAAAUGAAGUUGCUUUUACAGCACCAAAGACUUAAUCAUCCAUUUCCUAUACUUUUUGCAUAGACCUCAAGUAUAUUGUAGUGUAGAGGUGGAAUUUAAGGAAAGGUAUUAACUGAGGCUGUGUUUAGCUUACAGGCAAGUAAUAAAUUGUAUCAUUUAUCUUGAAUGUAUCAUAGAUAAGCUGCUAUAUAACGAUUGCCACUUCAGAUAGCUGUGAAAUUAGGUGAUUAACUAGUUGUUAUUUAGCCUUCUAAUUUCUGUAUAAGUCUAAUUACAUGAAAUAGAAGUUGGGAUUUUGAUUUUUUACUUUGCUUUUCUGUUUGGAGUGUCAUUGUAACUACUGUAUUGUAAAUGAUGGAAAAUAAUUGCAUAUGUUAUUUUGGGGUGUGUUAUUUGCAUCAGUAUUUUAUCUCUAUUACUGUUUGUGCUCAUCACUGCAUAUAAGGAAUCUUGGAUGUAUCAAUGUAACUUAAUUUUUUAUUUUCAUACUGGCAUUGUAGACACUUGAGAAAGCUGUAUCUUGCAGGCUUGACUUAACUUUUUUUCCUUAAAAAUCUGGAAUAUAAUCUUACAGCAUUUACUGGAAUAAACAGAACAAAGUGUUUGAGUGUAAAGCUCUGUAGAUGUUUUGGAUUUACAGCAUUUCUUUGAUAAAUGAAUUGUAUACCACUAAUACAGCUCUAGUACAGCGCUGACAAUAAGCUAAUGAUGGAUAAGCUUUUCUUUACUCCAUUGACACAAGCAGUGUUUUAUUUAAUAAUCAUCAGUGAAAUAAAUGUGCCUGAAAUUGAUUUUAAAAAUUACAGUAUUAGAUCAUAAAAUAAAAACCAGCAGUACAUUUUUAGUCACACUGAAAAUGAAGGACUUAAUUUUCCCCACAAGUUUCAGUGUUUUUAGUACUCAAUUCUAUGCAUUUUAUAUAAAUAGAAAUAUAUAUAUAUAAAAUAAUGCAUAUAAAAGGAGUAGCCUAAGAUUAAUUUAAAAGAUUAUUUACAGAUGACAAAUUUAUGGAGUCACUAUUUAAGUAAAUUUGCUGCCCUUCAUGGCCUUCUAAUUUUAUUUAUACAGUCCAGCAGAUUACUGGUAUCUGCUCACUUCUUGGAAAAGAAUCAAUGCUGGCAGUGGAUGUUUCCGAAACACCAAGUGCAGAGGAUUGAUUGUAUCAUGACAGGUACAAAAGUGGCACAGUUAUGUUUUAUGUUCAGGGCCAUAUUUACUACCUUGAAGUGUCAUAUUUUCUGUCUUUAAAUUCUAAGACUUAAAAGUAGUCUGUUAAAUUGAUAGUAAAUGGUAGAAUUCAACAUUUUCAUAAUACAGUAGUAGUAUUUAAUAAAGGCUUAUUCAAGUUAAGUACAUUGCUCUUAAUUGCAAUCAUGGGCUUUUUAAUGCAUUGAAAAACAAAAAGAUUCAAAAAUAUGCUAAAUUCUACAUUUAGCAUAGUAAUGAAAGAAUCUGGAUUUAUACCCUAAAAUGUUUUUAAAAACCAUUCUUGUCAAUUUUCUUUGGUUUUAAUGCUUUCUUAAAUAAAACACUGCAUGAUUUCCAAGUUGCAUAUACUAUUGUAAUUUACAAAUUAUUUUUUAUCAAAUAUUCUGAUAUUUAGUGUUUUUUUUUCCUUCAGGGUGUUUAAAUAGGUUACUGUAUUAGCAACAUGUUUUCAGUUUUUAAAUCUCUACUGCUAAUUUUAAACUUGGUUUGUGUUAAGUAAAAGUUAAAUCAUACACUGCAAGGUGUAGGAAGAUUUGUUUUAAUGAACUCAAUGAUACAGAUUUGAUUACUAAGUUUGAAUUGUUAACUGUUUAACAACUUUAGACUUGUGGCUUCCUUUCUUUGGUUUGUUUGUUUUUGCUUUUACUUCUAUGCUACACUAGUUUGCCAUGUAGCAAUUGCACUGUGCAAUAUUACAAUAAGGACUGGGAAAAUUUUUAUGGAUGUAACGUCUAUUACGGUUUGCGAUAGUAUUUCUCUCUAGUUCUCAGUGAUUUAAAUGUGACCAAGCCUUCUGUACUUUGUCACAAAAAGCGGGUUUUCCAGGUGACUAUUUUGGUGAGUGUCAAAAUAAGAAUUUAUGGUGUAUUACUGUCAAUUCACUUUGAAUUAAAACAUAUAUAUUGCCGCAAA